UACUGUCAGGUGGUGCAGGUGUCACUCUGGUGAGUCUAGUGGUAAAGAAGUGGAAAUUUUAUUUUGUAUUUGUGUUACUUUAUUGCGUGUAAUUUUUCUGAUGGAUCCAAUAAACUUGUUAGAGAGCCGUAUUGAAAAUCUGGAAAUUCAGAUUUUCGGAGAUAAAUUACCAACUACAAAUACUAAAAAUGUUACUAGUUUACUUUUGGAAACUCAUGCAAUGAUUACUUCAGCUUUAAGUUGCAGAGAAGUAAUUAGUUCCAUGCUUCACCAUUUGUCUAUUAUAAAUGAAUAUCUAGAUCCAAACCUUGGAGUAGAUGAGCUAGAAGCUGAAACUAAGAGGUAUCACUUACUCCAAUUAUACUCGGAAUUGAAAGAUACUGUACAGAAGAUUGGAACUUUAGAGUCACUGUUACCCUUCAUUGAUUCUGAGAACAUAGCGAAAGUAACUGAACUAUCAGGAAAUAUAGAGCAGCUGGCAGUUGGUAAUAUGAAUACAUAUUCUGAAUGCCAAGAAGUUACUCAGAAUGUAUUGAAAUCUUUGCGAAAUUACAAUGAGAUCAUUUCGACUAUAAAGAUAUUAUUUGCUGAUCUGGAUACUGAAGUUUCUCUUCUGGAAAAUUCUUUAAUUACAGAAGAAUAGUUUUAUCCAACUCUCUCACAAUAAUAAUAAUACUGUCCUAGUCAUAAUACUUUCUGAACUUGUACUUGUAUACUUAGAAAUGAUACUGUAAUCCAAAUCAUUGAAAACUAAACAUUGUUCUAAUGAAAUAUCUGGAAUUAUUCUGAAUCUCCCAAAUUCAUGGGGACCAUUGUCGUAAAAAACUAUAGAAAUAAUAAUUUUUUUCAUGGAUAUAAUUGGAAUGUGAUUCAAGGUGUCAUACCUCAUAUUGGUAAUAUAUUUUUCAUAUCAUUUGUA